AUGACGGACGCAACUGCUGAGGAUUUUAAAGCCCAGGGUAACGAACUGUACAAACGCGGAGAUUAUCGACGUGCUAUUGACAAAUAUACGCAGGCCAUUGAUGCAGCUCCUACGGUUGUGGCUUAUUAUGGCAAUCGAUCAGCUGCUUCUUUUAUGCUUGGAAAGCAUAAGGAUGUUGUGACGGAUUGUAAUCGAGCGAUUGUAUUUGAUCCACUUUAUAUGAAGGGGGGGGACAAUGAAGCAGCUAUGAAGACGUAUCAAAUGGGUUUAAUACGUGACCCAAACAAUGCGACGUUGUUGAAUGAAAAGCGUACACUAGAAAUGGCACUGGAUAAUGUGCAACGGGGCAAGGAAUAUCUUGCAGCAGGAAAGUUUUCACAGGCAGUGAUGGUGUUUGAUCGAGCAGCGCAGGUAUGCACGGGCUCCAAUCAGAUCAAGUUGCUACGUGGCGAAGCGCUGAUUGGAUGUGAACGAUACGAUGAAGCUUUUGCUGUGCUGACACAGCUCAUGCGGACGGACUCAAGUAGUCCAGAACUCUUGUUUCUACGUGCACGAUGUCUAUAUUAUCAGGGUGAGUUUUCUAGUGCAAUUAAGCAUUUGCAACAAGCACUGCGGUCAGACCCAGACAAUAGCAAAUGCAUGAAAGAGAUUAAGCGAAUCCGCAGUCUAGAGACCAGCAAGGAGGAGGCCAAUAACGCUUUUAAGUAUGGCAAGAUGGCUGAGGCAGUGGAGAUGUACACGGAAUGUCUAAAGAUUGACCCACAGAACAAGGCUUUCAACUCAAAGAUUCACUGCAAUCGAGCCAAUGCGCUGUCGCGGUUGGGCCGGCACGAAGAGGCCAUUAAGGACUGCGACAAGGCGAUUUAUUAUGACCACGGAUACGCUAAAGCGUACCUGCGCAAGGCUGCUUGUCUGAAGGCCCUUGGCGGUAUGGAGAACUUGGAGCAGGCGCUGCGUGUGUAUGACCAAGCUUCGAAGCUGGUAGGUGAUGAUGCUCAGCGUGAUAUUCAAAACAACAUUCGCCAAACCAAGCUGGAUAUCAAGAAGGCGAAGCGCAAGGACUAUUAUAAGAUAUUGAACGUCUCGCAGACCGCCUCGGAAGCUGAGAUUAAGAAGUCAUACAAGAGGAUGGCUUUGAAGUUUCACCCGGACCGUCAUGCAGGCAAGUCGGAUGAACAGAAAGCGGAGGCGGAAGCUGCCUUCAAGGACGUAGGCGAGGCGUACGCGGUACUGUCUGAUGCACAAAAACGACAGCGCUAUGAUUCAGGGGUGGACCUUGAAGACCUCGAUAGUGACUUUGGAGGAGGCGGCAUGGGUGGUGGUGGCAUGGGCGGUGUUGAUCCUUCGCAGAUCUUUCAGAUGUUUUUUGGCAGUGGUGGCGGUGGCAUGGGAGGAAUGGGCGGUGGAAUGGGAGGAAUGGGCGGUGGAAUGGGGGGGACAACGAUACCAUUUUGGCUAGAAAGAGAAUUUGUAGGCUUUGUGUGCGCGUGCGAGCGUGUAAUGUUUUGA